AUGGGUGUCGCAGCGAUAAAAGCUGGCGGUGAAGCCGGACUCCUGCCCCGAGCUGGCUGCUGUGGUGCGCGCACUACAAGUACCUUAUGCCAAAAUGAAUUCCUAAACAUGCUACUGGCGAAGCUGGAAGAGCAGGAUCAGGAGUACGACUCCGCCUACCUGUACCAGCAGCAGGUCAAGUCCGGUCAUGGCGUCCAAGGUCACAAGUACACCAUCAUGUACCAACGGACGGAGCGAGAAUCGGAGGUGCCUCCGCACGAGUCGGGAGUGCGGGUGGUGGUGUCGCAGAAGGUGCGGCGCCUGCUUCGUCUCGACUGGGGUCCCGAUGGCCUUGCCUAUGAGGAGUUGGAGGCACGGCUGUCCGAAGCCCUGUUGAUCCAGUCGAAGGUAUUCGACCGUCCAUUGAGACCAUCCGAGCUGCUACAACAGCUCAUGGAGGUCCAACACAAGGCCUUUGAUCAAGAUGAGUGGGCAUCCUUCAACUUCUGCUACCACAUGAUCGGUCAGGCCUGGUAG